GCCGAUCGCGACCAACGGAUUAACCUCAACUUCCAGUUCCUCGUCUCAUCGUUAUUUUUUCCCCUCUGUCAGUUGCAGCACGCCCACGGAGGUAUCUUACGAGCAUGACCGCUACGUCGGUGACGAGCCUGACGGUGAACACGCGGGUGUACGAGGGCCAAAAGCCGGGCACCUCGGGCCUACGGAAAGCCGUCAAGGUCUUCCAACAGGAGCACUAUACGGAGAACUUCGUGCAGGCGACACUGCACGCCUUGGGCGAUCAGCUGACCGGCUGCACCCUCGUCGUCGGCGGCGACGGGCGAUUUUACGUGAGGGAAGCGGUGACGAGGAUCAUCCGAAUCGCCGCGGCAAACGGGGUAAGGAAGUUAAUAGUUGGACAAAAUGGCAUUCUGUCAACGCCAGCGGUGUCGACUAUAAUACGAAAGUAUAAAACGCAAGGAGGGAUUGUUUUAACUGCAUCACAUAAUCCUGGUGGUCCUGAUGCCGACUUUGGCAUUAAAUUUAAUUGCGAUAACGGCGGCCCGGCUCCGGACAACAUAACGAAUAAAAUCUACGAGAUUACCAAAACGCUCCAGAGUUAUAAAAUUAUUCCUGAUAUUGGUAUAGAUAUUGAUAAAGUGCAAAGUGUAUCUAUUGAAGUGGAUGGUAAACCAUUUACCGUCGAUAUAAUUAAUUCUGUGAAGGAUUAUGUGGAGCUUAUGAAGGAGAUUUUUGAUUUUGCAAGUAUUAAAAAAUUGUUACAAGGCAGUACUGAUAGGCCAGCGUUUAAGGUUCUCAUCAAUUCAAUGAACGGAGUUACGGGACCGUACGUAAAGCAAAUAUUUAGCAAUGAAUUAGGCGUCGAUGAUACUAGCUUAGUAAAUAUAAAGCCAUUAGAAGAUUUUGGUGGUUUACACCCCGAUCCAAAUUUAACUUAUGCCAAAGAUUUAGUGAAUGCUAUAAAGGAAGGACCGUAUGACUUUGGUGCGGCUUUUGAUGGAGAUGGAGAUAGAAAUAUGAUUUUGGGCAAGAAAGCCUUCUUUGUUACUCCUUCCGAUUCCUUAGCGGUGUUAGCUGCUAAUUUAAAAUUAAUUCCAUAUUUUCAAAAGACUGGCGUUAAAGGAUAUGCUAGAUCAAUGCCAACGGCUGCGGCUAUCGAUAGAGUCGCUGUUAAAAACAAUGCAAAAUUCUUCGAAGUUCCUACUGGAUGGAAAUACUUCGGAAACCUGAUGGAUGCUGGAAAUCUAUCGUUGUGUGGAGAGGAAAGUUUUGGUACCGGUUCCGAUCAUAUUCGCGAAAAGGAUGGAUUAUGGGCAUGUCUAGCCUGGCUUAAUGUGAUCGCAGGACUAGGAAAAUCUGUGGAAAAUAUUUUAUUAGAUCAUUGGAAAGUUUAUGGAAGAAAUUUCUUUACUAGAUAUGAUUAUGAAAACUGCGAUUCUGCGUGCGCAGAUAAAAUGAUGCUAAGCAUCGAAACCCUGGUUGAGAAGCCAGAUUUUAUCGGCAGAAAAUUGCAAUACGAAGGUAAAGAGUAUAUUGUUAAGCAGGUGGAUAAUUAUUCCUAUACGGAUCCUAUCGAUGGUAGCAAAGCUACGAAACAGGGAUUACGGAUAUUGUUUGCGGAUGGCUCCCGUAUCGUAUUCCGUUUAUCCGGAACAGGAAGUUCUGGCGCCACUAUCCGUAUGUAUAUCGAUAGUUACGAAAACGAUCCAGUUACUUUCGAAAAAGACGCACAACUUAUUUUAAAACCUUUAAUUAAUAUCGCAUUAGAUUUAAGCGAACUUUGUCAGCAUACUGGUCGCAACGCACCUACAGUGAUUACAUAAGAGUUCGCUCGUUACGUUCUUGCGUUGCGGAACUAUCUUAUAAAAACAAUAACAAUUUAUAAACGCGAUAUUGAAAUAAUAAAAAUAAAUUAAAAACGGGCAAAUGAGAGUCACACAUAAUUAUCGGUGCACAAAUUACGAAAUGUUGAUAAUUCUUAGAAAUUUAUUUAUUUUAUUUCAAACGUUUUGAUUCCUCUCCACUAGGCCUAUUCUGUAACUUUUUAACGACAAUUUUACUAGCUAGGAAUGCGCAGAUAUUUUACAUGGUAUAAAACCUGCGCAUCGACAGUAUAACGAUACCGAAUUGUCGUUACAAGUUACAGAAUAGGCCCACAGGUCAUUGAAUAUUGUCGACAUUUAAAAUUUGAAGAAUGUUUCUCAACUCCAACUUGGCAAUUUGAACGCAUCACCGGCAGAUGAAUGUGUUUUUCUCGCAUUAAGUGUAACGCAAGCAAAUUAUUGUCCAGUCGAAAUCGGAAAAUAUGGAUUAAUUAUAUAAUUCGAUACUGUAUAAUUUUAUUAAGAUUGUGACUUGGAAUUUUCUAGUAACAUUAUAAUUUAACGUUUAUUAAAGUUGACUGUCUUAAUUAUAAAUUCUGCAAUAUAUCGAAUCGUAUAAUUGAUCUACACGUUUUUCGACUCCGACUGUAUAAUACCGGCAGCAACUGCACGUGACUCUUGUUCGAACUGUCUUAUCUCUCAUUUAUCUAAAAAGUUUUAUAAAAUGAAGGUCCGAUUGGGGUAUACCUAUAUUCACACAUUUGGAUUGUUCGUUCAAUUUCACUAUUAAAAUCAU